CAACCAUUUUUGUAUUACUACAUCUACAGUUGUGUCUAGAUAUCUUGUAUGGUAUAUUACAUAAUGACGUAACAAUACGUUCUGUUAGGGACUAGGUCGUGUGACGUCAUAAUACUAGUUAUAAGAAACCUUUUUAUCACAGCGUAAUGCCGCGUAUCGCUGUUGCAUUGUUCCAUCCCUAUGACGUCAUAAUGGUAGAAACGAGUAAAACGCCAUCAAACCCUACCUCGCGAAUCGUCUGUGACGUCAGUAGCAGGCCAUUAUUGCUUCGUCAUCGCGUACGCGCGUGUUGUUGACGUCACCAGCGUUGUAAUAUUGCAUCAGCCAGUUGAGGUUCUUUAUAACAGAGUGCCGGGUGCUCAAGUUACAAUGGUGGACACGCUGCUUGGUUAGUAGCGUAGUUACUUAGUUACACUCAUGUGCUUAUGUGCAAGGUCAGUGUCUUGAGAUGGUUGCGAUUCAUUAUUAAGUUAAGUUAGUUUAGUUAAAAUUAGAUCAUGCAGUUAAUAUUGUUUUAGUGAAAAAGUGAAAACCAAAAGCCCAGUUAGUAAUUACUAAAGGUUAUAAUAAGAUUAAAGUUAAAGUUAACAUUUUAACAUUAUUAUUUCAGUGCGUGAUACAUCAAUACAGCUUGAAUAUUUAGCAUUUGCUUAAGUUUAUAUCAAGUGUUGAAGUGUUAUAGUUUCGUGGUUAAUAUCAACCAAGUUGAGUUGCUUAGUUUGACAUCAAAAGACCACAAGUGUUGUUUCAAAGUCCUGAAGUUUCUGUCAAAUGUUUUCUGCUGUUCAAGAAAUUCAACGAAUGGUUCAACCAAGAAUUACAAUUCACACACAACAACAAACUAUUGACGACUGUUUAUUACAUCAUAAGGACGAUUGUUGUUCGAUGGGUUGGCAUUGUUACGACUUAAAUAAGCCCAAUAUUUCAAAGAAGAAUUACCGCUGUAAUUAUUUUUUCCAUCAAAGAACUGAAACCAUGUCUCAGCGCGCUUAGGCGUCGCUAGAGUUACCCGCAGACCACAAUGGUCUCACAGGAGAACUCAGCCAGCCGGAAGGCAAUUUUAAAGGAUGUUUACUACAAAAUCCAUUUCUCAGCGAAUCUUGCAACAUGCAUACCGACCAUGCAAAUAUCGGGGGGGCUUCGAACCCUCCCACCCUCCUAGGGGGCCUGGGGGUCUCGGACGAGACGAGUUACCCCAUUCUUUCUAACCCAUUCAAUGACAUCGAACAUGGACAAGGAAUGAAUGCUGGAUUUACGUUCGGACAAAACCCUGAUUAUUUCGAUUACAAUGACACCUCGGACAAUGGUAGCCCUUCCCCAUGUGAUGGACAACGUACACCAAGUACAUGUAACUCAUGGGCGGCUUCACCAUACAGUGCAUUAGACACUUCCCUUGCUAUCUCCCCACAACAAUCACCAUGUCACCCAUCUAUGGUGGAGAAACUUACACACAAGCUAUCCCUCCCAGAACGACAGACUUCACUCAGCAUUGCGAUUGAGGUGCUCGGUACAUGCGAGAACCCCUCGCUACCGUUCCAGAACUACGAUUACCCCCCAACCCCGACCUCUAAUGUAUCUGACGAUCAUUUCACACCCGGGGAUUCCCCGAUAUCGGCCCCACCGAGGCUGCGAACAUUUUCGGGGUUUGAGGCUCGUGAUUGGUUGAAAUGUGACGACGUGAACAAUCGAACGCGCUCGUACUCAAGCAACAGCGCCUCUGGUGGUGUAGUUGACUUAACCAACUUAAUGGAGCCGAUUGUAUUGCCUGAAACUUACAUACACCUUAACAACAAUACAACACCCCAUCACACCUUACCACCACAUGCCAACCAACCAAGCCAACCCAUCAACCCACAAUCAACGUGCAUUGAAACUCCCACCAGACCUCCAACAUUACAAAGCCUCCCAUCUAUAGUAGAGGAUGCCAUAGCUCAAGCCAAACCAUUUGAAAUGUUGGAAGAAAGCAGUCUUGAUGUUCACGGGAUGUUAGAUGAUAUUAUGGACGUCGGCAACACACAACAGCAGAAUCCGUCCCAUGAUGUUGUUGUAAUACAAGAGGACCAUUGUUACUCCUCACAAACUUUAACAAUCGUUGAAAAUCCUGUUGAGGAAGUUUUGGCGGUGAAACCGGAUCCCGUGGUCGACCUCACUGAUGCUCCAUCAACAUCCGGAGUAAAAGUCUCGAGGAAACGCGAUCGAAACAACGCCGCGUGUCGUGAGUCGCGGAAGAAGAAGAAGAUGAAGCUGGUGGAGGCGGAGAUGGAAGUGGUGAGGUUGGUUGAAGAUAACGAGGUCCAAAGGUUGAAGAUCGCUCGGUUGGAAGUUGAAGUGAAAGAAACCAAAGCUCUUCUGUUGAGCAAGAUGACGGGGAAGACGGUCAAGCCUUGAAUCUGUAAAUAGUUUGUUUAAAGGCGACAAAUUUUCAUAAAUGCAGGGAUGUUGUGAUGAACAACUCCGAUCUUCCCAAUUGAAAUCAACUUAUCCAACUUAUCGUUCAAAAGUAAAGAUUCUCAACAACUGUCUGAUACAGCGCAGACUGUAGAAAAUUUCAAAACUCCCAACUUAUUAAAACAAUUUUGUUGUUUACUGUAUAAAACAGUAAUGAUACUCUAGGGUUGACUUGGCCACCUUGCCACCCCAGGAUCGGCGCCUAUUACAACACGCACGUGAUGUAUUUGCCUUAUUUUAGUUCCAAUAUAUCGUUGCUUUUGUUCCAGCUUCGUAUAAAGUUCCCGUGAUGGUUGCGCAUGUUGCGCAUAUUUUGUGCCGGUUCGUGUCAAAUGGUUGAUUUUGCGUUUGUAUUUUUGUACAGUUUGCAUCAUUGCUUAAAAAAAACUACAAAAAAAGCACAAAAUUUAAACAUUUAAAAACAUUUAAAAACAUGUAGUUUAAUUGCAAUGAUACAAAUACUUUGUAUUAAUUUACUUUCGCAAAAAUAUGGUUUCAAUAAAAAUUGUAUAAAAACUGUAA